AUGUCGAGGCUCUCGCUGUUCUCGAAUAUCGGAGGCGCGGAAAUAUGGCUUUUUGUGGGUCUUGUGGUCGUGUAUGGGACUUACCUCGAGAUCCAGAGGAGAAGGAAUCCAUUUCUGCUGCUGGAUGGGCCUGAGUCGAAGAACUGGUUCGGGGGUCAUAUGGGCCUUGUCCUUGAUCCAGGCAGGUCACCUGAAAGUCACGAACGAUUCGUACAUCAAUAUGGUAGGAAUAUACGGAUCAAGGGCAUCCAUCCGUUUGAUGAACGUCUCCUUCCGAUGGACACAGUCUCUGUGAACCACGUCGCGAAGAACUCUAUGAUAUACGAGAAGCCCUGGCAGACCCGUCGCCUCAUCACAAGUCUCAUAGGAUGUGGACUUCUCUCCUCUGAGGGUGUACAGCACAAACGUCAGAGGAGGGUUAUAACGCCUGGCUUCUCGGUUCAGAAUCUGAGAGUAUUCGUGCCGAUGAUAAUGAUGAAGGGCCAGCAGAUGAGUGACAGGUGGAUGGAGAUGCUGAGCGAAAAGGAUAGCAAGUCGCUGGACACUCCCUCUGUGGACGGAGCAGAGAAGAGUGUAGCAGGAAAAGGGAGAUUAGCUGUGGACGUUUGUCGUUGGGUCAGCAGGGCGACGUUCGAUGUGAUUGGGUUGGCAUGCUUUGAUUACAGCUUCAACUCUAUUCAAGACGAGUCGAACGAAUUGUUCUGUGCGUACAGGGACAUGUUCAACCUAGCGCUCUCGCAAGCUCAGGCCGUGAAGUCUAUUCUCGCCAUCUGGUUCCCUUGGAUCUACUGGUUCUUCCCUGAUGAGACCAGCCAUGCAAUUCAAUCAGGCCAGGCCACGAUUCGAAGAGUCGCGAUGCAACUGAUCCAGGAGAAGCAGCAGAAGAUUCGCGAAGGCGAGCAGACUGGAAAUGCCUACGGAGGGAAGGAUAUGCUAUCGCUCCUUCUGAAAUCCAAUGCUUCGACUGCCAUUGCCCCCGAACAGCGUAUCUCAGAUGAAGACGUCCUGAACAGCAUCAACACCUUCAUGGCUGCUGGCACAGACACUACAUCUCUCGGACUAACAUGGACCAUCGUCCUCCUUGCCAAAAAUCCACACAUCCAGUCUCAGCUCCGUGACGAACUUCUUGCUCUUCGACCUCUUGCUCCACACUCGUCUCUCACUCAAGACGAAGUCGCUUCGUUAUGGGAUAAUGUGAACAAUGCGCCCUUUUUGCAGAAUGUGAUUCGGGAGUCGUUGAGGCUGAUUCCGCCUGUGCAUUCGAGUAUAAGGGUAGCGGUGAAGGAUGAUAAGUUGCCGAUGAAGGAUCCUGUGCGGUUGAGGAACGGGGCGGUUGUGAAUGAGAUUCUAGUGCCGAAGGGAACUGUUGUCCAUAUUCCUAUCGAGGGGAUGAAUUUGGAUAGGGAAUAUUGGGGAGAGGAUGCGAGAGAGUUCAAGCCUGAUAGGUGGAAUGAUCUGCCUGAAUCGGUCAAGGAAUUGCCUGGCAUCUACAACAACCUGCUGUCUUUUUCUGCUGGUCCUCGGGCGUGCAUUGGAUUACACGUCGCGAACAUAGAAAUGAAGAUGCUGAUCUAUAUACUCGUCACGGAUUUUGUGUUCUCGGAAGACCCAAGCCAGCGAAUAACCAAAGCAAAUGUCGUUUUUACGAGACCGUUUGUGGCGGGAAGUUUCAAGGAAGGCAGUCAGGCUCCGCUAGUGAUUACACCUUACCGGAGAGAAACUACGGAGACCUAG